AUGGAGGCUAAUCGUGUGGUACGAGGCGUUCCUCCAGCCACUGAAGCGUGGGGCUUUGGUCUGUACCUAGCGAAGCGGCCAAAAACUGGAAAUAAUCUCCUCGGGCGAGAUGUCGCACGCGUGCAGGGCACGGCGAGGGCGGGGGUCGCGGCGCGAGUGAUUGAUGCGGCCGCGUUUAGGCUUAAAAGCGCUCCAGUUACGGCAAACAGGGCCGCGGGCAAUACUAUACUCGGC